AUGCUAUCCUCAUUGAUCAAGCAUCGGAUCACAAGACCUUCGGCUUUUGCUUUGACAAAGGUCGCCUCGGCCUCACUCACUGGCAAAGUCCCCCCUAAUGUCCGGACAAGUGAAGAAUUUUUUGUCCCCACAUCUUUCCCAGACGACGAUUCUGCGGUCAAGUCAGAUGUCUUCGAUGGCCAGGCACGCACCAUGGCCAGUCAGACGACAGCCGCCAAGUUCACUGCGGCUGAGAUUGAGCAACACAAAGCUGUCAUCUACGAUAGUAUCAUCCCCAAGGACCCCUCAAGGUUCCUGAGACGCAAGAAGAAUGACGGUAUCAUUUGA